CACACACACACACACACACACACACAGCCAGCAGAACGGAUGCAUUUGUGUUAUGUUAAAUUCACUCAGAAACAAAACAAACAAGCUGAAAUGCUGAAAAGUUUCAUUUUUCAAGAGCAGCAGAUCACACUGUGAACCGCGAAAGGAUGUGUCCUGUCUGGAAGCUUCUCCUUCUAACAGUCAUCUUGAGUUUACACAGUUCACUGACAACAACAGAAGAGCUCAUAACCAUAACAGAGAAAACUGCCACAAGAGAGGAGGGAUCAUGCAUCACCAUCAACUGCACAUACAAAGAUCAGGAAGACAUGCAGCUGCUCUGGUUUAAGGAUCCUCAGUGGAAUGAAACUGGAAGCAAGUUUAAUGGGAUCAUUGUAUAUAGUAACACAAAAGAUCGUCCACAGAGUCCUCAGUACUCCAGCAGAGUGGAAUACCAGGGGGGUAUUAAGUACAGGUCAUAUUCAGCCUCAUGCACAUUAAGAAUAAAGGAUCUGCAAAUGAGUGACAGUGGAAACUACAGCUUCAGGUUCAUAAAGGGAAAGGACAAAUAUAUGAGUAAACCAUUGCAUCUCACAAUAAACCCCAAUCCUUGCAAGGUUCACCUUCAAUAUCCACAGAAAGACACUUUCAUAGAAAGUGACACAGUGACUCUUCAGUGCUCAACAUCAGCCCAGUGUCAGUCUUACGCUGAAUGGCAAAGUUACAGCUCAGCUAAUGUCUCAGAGCCUACCAGCGAGGAUGAAGGUCAGGACAAGGUCAGUGAGCUGCAGUUGAAAGUGACCUGGAUGGAUGAUGGAAGAACUUUGUCAUGUCGUCCACCAGGAAGCACAGACGACUGUCAGGCCAGGAAGGUCACUCUGGCUGUGGAAUAUGCACCCAGAGAAACCAAGAUAGUGGUGAGCUCUGAGGAUGUGAAAGAAGGAGAAACUGUCACCCUCUGCUGUUCCAACAAGGCACGUCCUAAUGCUUCCUACAUGUGGUAUAAAGAUGGGAAAAAUGUAUUUUCCCAGUCUACAGAAAAUUAUAUACUGAAUGAUGUAAAGCCAGAAGACAGUGGAGAAUACCGCUGUCAGGCCUCAAACCAUCACGGGAAAAACAAUUCUACUGUCAGGAUGUUAAAUGUUAAAUAUGCUCCUAAAGGUGUUGAAGUCAAGGUGGAACCCCGUGAUGUUAAUAAAGGAGAUGAAGUCAGACUGACAUGCUCGGUACAGAAGAGCAAUCCAGAAGUUCCACAAAACUCCUACAGAUGGUACAAAGAUAAUUCAGAGCUUCCGGAACACGGAAAGGAAUUACAUAUCCCAAGUGCAACAUCAAAUAAUACCGGAUGGUAUCACUGUCGGGCCAAUAAUGGCAUCAGAUCUACAGAUUCUAAUCCAAUUGAGAUAUCUGUGAAGUAUGCUCCAGAAGGCACUUCCAUUCAAGGCCCUUCUGAAAUAAAGCUGGGUUCAGCUCUUCACCUCCGCUGUUUCUCUAACGCCAAUCCUGAGGCUGAUCGUUAUUCCUGGUAUUAUAAAUCAGAAGACAAGCUGGAGUAUGUUGUUCUUUCACACAUGACUCCACACAAGGAGCAUCAGAUUGAGAAAGUGGCUCUUGGAAAUUCCGGACGGUAUAUGUGUAGUUCCAGGAAUGUUAUUGGUGCAGGAUUAAACUCCACUGGAUUCAAAGUUUACAUACUUUAUCCCCCAAGGCAACUUAAUCUGAUCAUGGCACCUGUUGUAAGAGAGACUGAAGUGCUUAACAUCUAUUGCACUGUAGAAAGCUAUCCUGAGGCAAAAAUGACACUGAGCAGAACUUCUCUCACAAACCCAUCCAUAAAGACAGAAAUGGUAGUGAGUAAAUCAUCCAACAAGCUCACUUUCUCUGGUAAUGUGUCUGAUUCAUAUGCGGGUGAGUACACCUGCACAGCAGAAAACUCAGAGGGAAAAAACUACACAACACAGGAGCUGACGGUUUUGUAUGCUCCUAAAGAUGUUGAGGUACUGGUACAUCCAAGUGAGGAGCUGAAAGAGGGAACUGAACUAAAACUCACAUGUACAGCUCGUUCUAAACCCAGUGUCUCCAAGUACACAUGGAAAAAAUCAUUGGGGACAGACACAAAGAUAAUAGGAGAGAAACAUAUACUGACCAUGCAUGCACUUGUGGUGUCUGAUGCUGGAAAUUAUUACUGCACUGCCAGCAAUGUCCUUGGCAUAAAUCAAUCUGCAUCAGUACAGAUCAGAGUCAAAUAUCGCCCACACAUUACAAUUAUCCAUAACCUGACCUCCUUGGGUCUGUGGGACAGGGAGGCCCCAGUCCAGCUGGCCUGUAAAGCAGACUGUUAUCCAGCAGCCACAGACUACAAAUGGUACAGGAAGGAUGGCAAAACAGACAUAACAGUGGCAAUUGGUCAGAACUACACUGUUCAACCACAAGACCCAGGAAUCUACUUCUGCAAAGCCAAAAAUGAAAUGGGAGAAUCUACAUCUGAGCCAGCUGAACUAUUUGGGUUCUUUCAUCAAAUACUUCCAAAGAUCCUGAUUUCUAUAUUUCUCAUCUGCAUUCUGAUUGGUGUCAUAAUUCUAGUGCACAGAAUCUUCAUGAGAAAGAGAUCAUCAGAUGGAGCAGUAAGCCAGUCACGGUUAUUUGCUGUUAUCCCUUCUCGGUCUUCUACAGUAUCAAAUUUCUUCUUAGGCUCAUGGAACCACACUAGAGAGAACUUGAUGAUAGAGGACGAGAUGGAUUCUUGGCACCACUCAGGCAACCAGUCAGCUGCUACAGCACACUCUGAUAGUUCAACAGACAGACACAACCUAGCAGGAAGGCCAGUUGCCAACAUUCAUACAGUGUAUGAUGCUGUAAAGCUUCCACAAGCCAUACAGAAGGAUUCAACAGCGUCCACUGUAAACUAUGCUAAUUUGCAGAUCAAGGAUCCAACUAAAAGCAGUGAUGGAGAGAGAGCUGUAUAUGCUGUAGUUUCAAAAAAUAAGCAAAACACAAAGGUGGUGCAGGGUGGUAAUGAAGAUUAUGAAAACAUAUCUGGUGUUAAUGCUGCAAGGCCUGAUUUUUCCAACAUUAUCUGGGACUCAAGCAGUAGUGAAGAGGAAGAGGAACUGAAUUACACCCAAGUCACUGUCACUGGAACACCACUGCAUAAACCCCGGCACAGAGGAAAUGAUUCCAGUUCUGAUGAAGAAUAUCGGACUGAAUAUUCUCAAGUCAAAAUGUAAUAUUAAAUGAGCAUUAAUUAUGUUUAUGCCUCACUUUUCUUGUAUAGUAUGCACAUGAUUCCUAUACUAUGAACAUGAUUGAGUUCUGUAGGUGUUGAUCUACUCAUGAGCAGAAUUGGGGGAAGAGAAGAUCUCAGGGGAAAAUUGCUUUCAUUGCUUUUCUUUUAACACAGUUGUUUUGCAGAUGUGCUGUGUGUGAUAUUGUAAUGUUUAUAGCUGUUAGGUGGGAUUCACCGAAAUGAAAUGAAAUCUGUGUUAAAUAAAACAAUAUACUCAAA